CCGGUUCCCCACAACCCGGGACGGGGGAGGCGGCGGGUGGAGAUGGGGAGGCCUGAAGGGGAGGGGGAAGAGGAGAAAGAGCAGAGAGCGCGCGUGCGCAGUGGCGUGGGGAGGAGCAGGGACCUAGCUUCAGACUGGGAGGCUGCGAGCAAGCCUUGGACCGGGCGGGCAGCGGGCGCGCGCACGAUGGGGGAGAAACCCGGGACCAGGGUCUUCAAGAAGUCGAGCCCUAACUGCAAGCUCACUGUGUACUUGGGCAAGCGGGACUUUGUAGAUCACCUGGACAAAGUGGAUCCUGUAGAUGGCGUGGUGCUUGUGGACCCUGACUACUUGAAGGACCGCAAAGUGUUUGUGACCCUCACCUGCGCCUUCCGCUAUGGCCGAGAAGACCUGGAUGUGCUGGGCUUGUCAUUCCGCAAAGACCUGUUCAUCGCCACCUACCAGGCCUUCCCCCCAGUGCCCAACCCACCCCGGCCCCCCACCCGCCUGCAGGAUCGGCUGCUGAGGAAGCUGGGCCAGCAUGCCCACCCCUUUUUUUUCACAAUACCCCAGAAUCUACCCUGCUCUGUCACCCUGCAGCCUGGCCCGGAGGACACAGGGAAGGCCUGCGGGGUAGACUUUGAGAUUCGAGCCUUCUGUGCCAAAUCACUAGAAGAGAAAAGCCACAAAAGGAAUUCUGUGCGUCUGGUGAUCCGAAAGGUGCAGUUUGCCCCAGAGAAACCCGGCCCCCAGCCUUCAGCUGAAACCACACGCCACUUCCUCAUGUCUGACCGUUCCCUGCACCUGGAGGCUUCCCUGGACAAAGAGCUGUACUACCACGGGGAGCCCAUCAGUGUCAAUGUGCACGUCACCAACAACUCCACCAAGACUGUCAAGAAGAUCAAAGUCUCUGUGAGACAGUAUGCGGACAUCUGCCUCUUCAGCACCGCCCAGUACAAGUGCCCUGUGGCUCAGAUCGAACAAGAUGACCAGGUAUCUCCCAGUUCCACAUUCUGCAAGGUGUACACCGUAACCCCACUGCUCAGCGACAACCGGGAGAAGCGUGGUCUUGCCCUUGAUGGGAAGCUCAAGCAUGAGGACACCAACCUGGCUUCCAGCACCAUCGUGAAAGAGGGUGCCAACAAGGAGGUGCUGGGGAUCCUGGUGUCAUACAGGGUCAAGGUGAAGCUGGUGGUGUCUCGAGGCGGGGAUGUCUCAGUGGAGCUGCCCUUUGUUCUUAUGCAUCCCAAGCCCCAUGAUCACAUCACCGUCCCCAGAGCCCAGUCAGCUGCUCCUGAAACAGAUGCCCCUGUGGACACCAACCUCAUUGAAUUUGAUACCAACUAUGCCACAGAUGACGACAUCGUAUUUGAGGACUUUGCCCGGCUUCGGCUGAAGGGGAUGAAGGACGAUGACUAUGACGACCAGUUCUGCUAGGAAGGGGGGCUGGAAGAAGGGAGUGGAUGGUGCUGGGAGAGGUAGGGGCAGGACCAAGAUUCCCACUGUCACUGGGGAGUGGGUCCCUGCCUCUUUUCCCUUCCUCUCUACCUAGCAGCUUCCUCAACCAACCCCUUCCCUCCUUUCCUCUCCCGUCCCCACCAGAUACGCACUGGACCUAUCUCUUGUUGAACAUGGGCAUUAAUUUUUUGACUAUGGCUGUGCUUCCCCAACCUUCCAAUGGGUGGCAAGCCAUGUUCAUACAUAAACUUUUUGGAGGGGGACACUGAGAAGAGGAGUGAUAGUAGGAAAAGGGGGACGAGAGAACUGCCACGUUCAACCUCACACCAACACUCCCUCUUGUCACUGUCUGCCUCCCAUUCCUUCAAGCUGAGACCCUUUGCAGGGGCAAGGCCACUUCUUUGUUUCUGAGCAUAAAGAAUAAACCUUUUAGUAGGCA